UUUCUUUUCCCUUCCUAUAUAAUCUUCCAUCCCCCACACCUCUCUCUUCAUCCUUGACCUAUUUCCCUUCUUCUUCUUCUUACACACUCUCACUCACUUCAUGGAGGAAACUUUGGUGCCAAAGAGGCCCAGAGAAGAAGAAGAAGAAAAAAGGAAAGUGGAACAAAAAGACUUGAACUUUGAACAAGACCACUCCUCAAAGAGGCAAAAGCCAUACACCCACAUCCUCUCUCUUCUUGAAUCAGAGGAAGAAGACUCCACACAAGAUCUCUCCCCUCUCAUCACAUCCCUGCAACAAGAAAUCUCCUCCAACAAUGAUGAUUUCCAAGAUGCCCUUUUGGGCUGCCCAACUCAACCAAUUGACCUAGACAACCUCACAACAAUGGAUGGGUUAGAGAAUGAGGCAGCAGCAACAUCAGAAGUUGUUGUCAAGGAAAAGGAAGAAGAGGAGAGUGAGAAGGAGAGGGUGAUGAGACACCUCCUCCAAGCCUCAGAUGAUGAGCUUGGGAUCCCAAGUAGCGGAGAUGGGCUCUUUCAGUUUGUUGGAGAAGAUGGGUUUAACAGUGAUCAUGGGUUUUCAUCUUUGUGUGACAAGAUGUGGGAGCUUGAAGAUGAGAGAGCUAACUACUAUGCUUUCUUGCAAUCUGAACUUUUCUUAGGGGGACAUUGAAAAAUGUUGUCUAGUUCAGUUAUCCAAAACUACAAAAUGGUAACAUAGUAGGAUCAGAGAUGGAGGAUAUUUUUUUCUUUUUUUAAAACAAAUUAUUUACUUUUACUCUUCUGUAAAGAUCACGAGAACUCUAUGCUGCUGUCAUUGCUUAUCA